AUGAAACUCAAAUCGGAACUAAUGAUCCAGCCAUCUGGCGAGGUCUGGCAGAAAAUAAGAGCCGAGUUAAAAGAGGAUGUCAAUACCAGAGACAAAGAUCUAGCUACUAUUAAGGAGUGGUUGCGAAAACAACCACAUUUACCUGACCAAUGGGAGGAUAACCCCUUAAUGACGUUCCUGCGUGGCAGCAGUUUUUCAUUAGAAAAAUGCAAGAGGAAACUCGACAUGUACUUUACAAUGAGGGCCGCCUGUCCAGAGUUCUUUACGAACAGAGAUGCCACUAGCGCAGCCUUACGCGAUGUUCUGCGCUCAAAGCUCCAAGGCCCACCACUACCAGGAGUCACGCCGAAUGGAAGACGUGUCACAAUAUGCAGAGGUCUUGACUCAAGCCUCUCUCCCCAACAAGUAACAGACACGCUGAAGUUGGCUCUUAUGAUAGGAGACGUGCGGCUGAUGGAAGAGACAGAAGGUGUCGCUGGUGACAUUUAUGUCUUGGAUGGAGCUAUCCUAGGGCCGAGCUUGUUGGCAAAACUUGCACCUUCUACUGUUAAGAAGUUCAUGAUUUGUGUUCAAGAAGCCUAUCCAGUCAAGUUAAAGGAGAUUCACAUCAUUAACACCUCACCGAUCGUUGAACGAUUCGUCACAUUCGUGAAACCUUUUCUAAAAGAAAAAAUAAGGAAACGCAUUUUCAUUCAUAGAGACUUAAAAGAUCUAUACAAAUACGUACCGCAAGAGAUGUUGCCCAUAGAGUAUGGAGGACAAUGUGAAACCAUGGAUUCUUUACAAGAAAAAUGGACACAAAAGCUGGUGGAGUACCGAGAAUGGUUCAAGGCUCAAGAUGCCCUGAUCGCAAAUGAAUCCCUACGUGCCGGAAAACCUACCAACUACGAUGAACUGUUCGGCAUAGAUGGUUCCUUCCGUCAACUAGCUAUUGACUGA